AUGAGGGCUGAGAUACUGCCAGACUGCCUAAGCCUAGACAGGAGCAGUCCAUAUGCGGAGUUUGGGCUCGAACCACGGGUCUUCCGGUCAUUAAAUUCGCACUUCAAGCACCACCAUCUGGAACUCCUCCCUCGAUGGCCGUGCCUAGCUGCCAUGCCACCCGAAAGAAGUACGAGAGCUGAGAUACUGCCAGGUUGCCCAAUCGUACACGGUGGAAGUCGAGAUGAAGAGUUCUUGUUCGAACCACGAACCUUCCGGUUAGUGAACUCGCGCUUUCCCCACGGCCAUUUCACCCCACAGGCCGCAUGCCUAACUGCCAUGUUACACGAAGGCUGGGAUAUUGCCAGGUUGUCCGAGCCUCGACAGGGGGAGUCGAAUGGCAUAGCUCGGGUUCGAGCCACGAGCCUUCCGGCGCAGUCCCCGAGUUUCCAUCAACCUUAUGUUCUACUUGAACCGAGAUGGUCCAGGUGGUUAGAGCGCGAAUUUACUGACCGGGAGGUCCAUGGUUCGAAUCCGACCUCCACUCGACUUCCCCUGUCUAGGCUUGGACAACCUGGCAGUAUCCCAGCCCUCAUGCUUCCUUCGGGUGGCAUGGCAGCUAGGCACCGAAAGGGCGCUACAGCUGAACGCUUUCUUUCUUUCUUUCUACUUGAACCCAAAUUGGACUGCUUUCGAGAAAUAUACUCAUUUGUGCCACUAAAGUUGGUCAUAAGAUCGAUCAGGACAAACACAGCUUACCGAAGGCAAGAAGGUUCUCUAGAUACACUCAUGCGAAUCAAUUUGGUUCUAAUGGGACACUCAACUGAAUCUCUCGUUUGUGAGGUUCCCCAAUUGAAUGCGCCGCACAACCAUAGGGUAGCUGUAGCACACUUUUGGUGCCUAGCUGCCAUGCCACACGAAGGAAGCACGAGGGUUGGGAUACUGCCAGGUCGCCCAAGCCUAGACAGGGAGGAGGGUCGAGAGACGGAGAUNCGAGUAAAGCAAGUGGAGAUCGAAAGUAAAUAUAAUUGUUCAGCUGUAGCACACUUUUGGUGCCUAGCUGCCAUGCCACACGAAGGAAGCACGAGGGUUGGGAUACUGCCAGGUCGCCCAAGCCUAGACAGGAGGGGUCGAGAGACGGAGAUCAAGCUGGAACCACGGACCUUCCGGUCGGUAAAUUCGCGCUCUAACCACUGA